UUUUAGUGUAAAGUUGAAUCUUCUUUGUUUUUUGGCUAAGUUAUACGACGUUAAUUUCUUAGUUUUAAUGAAAUUCGUAUCAAUUUAAGUACUAAUUAGACACUUAGUAAUCUAAAAAAAAUGUCCGUGUGGAAAUUUUCAACUAGUUCGAAACUCGGGAUGCGUUUCAGUAGUCCGGCUGAACGAAACAAGGAGUUGACGGCCCAAGAGAAGUUGAUUGAGCUGAAAAAGAGAGAAAUUGAAAUGAAGCUGAAUGAAAAAAAGGCACAGGAAUCAAAAAAACUGGAAGAGGCCAACAUGAAUGCAAACCAGUCGCUAAAGAAUAUGAAAAGGUUUGGAUUCACAGCAAAAAGUUCGCUUCCUGAGUUUUCCCAUUCUCAAACAGCAUCAGCCGAUCUGUUUGCAAAUGAUGGAAGUUUCAUGGAAAAGUUCAAGAAAAUGCAGGAAGAUUUAAAAAAUAAGAAAAAAGAAGAAGAAGAGAAAAUCAAAGAGACACCAGACGGCGAAGAAAGUACUCAGGCAGGUGAAACUGUUUCAUCAUCCAGUGAUAGUGCAGCAUCAGUUCAACAAGUUGUAGAAUCCACUGCAGAUCAUACUAACAAACAGCCCCCUACUGAGAGUAAUACUCCAUUUUUUCCAAAUCCACAGACCCAUCCACCUCAGUUACAGCCAGUCAAUCCAGAUUACAACAACCCACAAAUGUUUCAUAGGCCUCCUCUCGAUUUCAACCGAUUUCAUGGCCCUCCAAGAUUCAUGGGACCACCUAAUCCCAACAUGCCUCCUAAUCCCAACAUGCCAUCUAAUCAUAACAUGCCACCUAAUUUUAAUGCUUUCCAAGGCAGGCCUCCAGCACCUUGGCUACCAGUGGAUGCACAGAGGUUUCCUAGGCCUCCAUUUUUUGAUGAAUCCCAUAGAUUUGCUGGCGCAAUGUCUCAAAACUUUCCUUACCAAUCUUUUGUUCCUGGACCAUAUGGAUCGCCAAUGCCUCCCCAUAUGAUGCCACCUAUGUCAGAAGGAUUCAACAGAUUUCCAAUGAGACCACCACCACCUCCACCACCUCCAUCUCAAAAUCUUCCUGAAGAACAUGUUCAAUUGAAUAGUGAUGUGCCAGGUGCUGGAGCAAACAUGCCCUUCGGACAUGCAGUACAAAACAUGCCUUUCAGUCAGGAAGCUCAAAUCAUACCCUUCAAUCAAAAUGUGCAAAGCAUGCCAUUGAAUCAAGAUAUACUGAGCAGGUCAUUUAGCCAAGAAAUGGAUAUGAAUGCAGUAGAGUCAAAUGUUGAUAGAUGUCAUGAAAGCAGCCAUGAAGAAGAACAAGAACACAGUAGAGCAUCGCCUAGGUAUGAGUUGGAUGAUUAUGGAAAUCCCAUACCCCCUGAGGAGUUGCAAGAAAAGUACGACCCUCUUGAAGAUUUGGAAACUGAUGAAAAGUUGAAAACAAGUCCAAAUGAAGUGGCUAUGGGAGAUUUUGAACUUAGAAACAACGCAGACAUGUGCGUGCCUCCAACAUCACUACCUCCACCGGCAGUGACGCCCGUCAACUCGCACCAUGACGUCGACUACAGAGCAUUCAGUUUCAAUUAUGGAAUAUGUGAGAGUGAAGCAAAAGAGCAUGCAGUUAACAUGGACACAUCAAACAAGAUGGACCAAGAUCAUUUUUCUGGGAGAAGUCCGAAUCACCCUCCUGUUGAGAAGAAGAUGAGGCAGGAAGGGUUCCAGGCAGUACCUCCCCCAUCACUCUACCAACAACAUGAAGCUAACCAAUUAGACAACAGACGUUCGGCAAAGUAUAGAACCUCAUCCGGCAGACCAUUUGAUGAUGGUGCAUCCAGUAGUGAUGAAGAUGAUGACAGAGGCGAUGGUAGGAGGAGAGAUAUGAGGAAGAGUUCAAAACUGUAUCCAAAACCCGAACCUCAAGUUUCUACAGCCAAUGAGAGUGCAGCAGCAGCAGCUGGAGGAGACUUGACCCCAGCAAUCAAAGAAAAGAUUGAUCAGUUUGUUGCCUGUGUCAAUCAGUCGGGACCAAAGUUAGAACAAGUUGCCAUCAAAAACAACAAAAAUAAUCCUAUGUUCAGAUUCCUCUAUGACUUUGGAUCACCGGCCAACAAAUACUACGAAGAAAAAAUGACCCCAGUCCGAGUCAAGUUUCCCGCCAUGCUGGAAAGCGCUGCUGCAGUCCAGGCCUCCGGUGAUGAUGAUGUUCCUGUUGAUGAUGAGAUUGCACUGAGAGAAGCCAUGAUUAGGCAAAAUCCAGCUAUCAACAAUGUCAGUUUUGUAAAGAUUGGAGAUACAAACGUCACAGUGAACCUGACUCCACUCUCCCAGAUGAAUUCAGAGGCAUUCGCACGGAAGAUGACCGGGGGUGGUCAGCUAUCACUCGACCAGAAGAAACAAAUCAGGGAACAGCAAGAGAUGAACGCCAUGUACGAGUACGUACUUGCGAAACGACGCGCCAUGGAGAUGCAGGCUAAAGCAUUGGAGGCAGGUCUGAACAUCAAGCCCAAGUAUGAAUAUGAUUCGGAUGAGGAUGUCGAAGGAGGAACGUGGGAACACAAAAAGAGAAACUUUGAGAUGGAGGCUACCAAAGAAUGGGCAGAAAAGUUGACAGAGAUGGCGAAGGGCAAACAUCAUCUUGGAGAUUUCUUGCCACCAGAUGAGCUGGCCAAGUUCAUGGAGACUUACGCUGCAUUGAAAGAAGGAAGAGAGCCUGAUCACUCUGACUACAAGCAGUUCAAGAUCACAUGUGAGAAUGUCGGCUUCCAGAUGCUGCAGAAAAUGGGGUGGAAAGAGGGUGAAGGGCUGGGAUCUGAUGGCCAGGGUAUCAAAAAUCCAGUCAACAAAGGUACAACAUCGCUGGAUGGAGGCGGUCUCGGAGGUGACAAACCCUCGGAACUGACAAGGGAUGAUGACGAAUUCGAUGCCUACCGCAAGAGGAUGAUGCUGGCUUAUCGAUUCAGGCCUAAUCCCCUGAAUAAUCCAAGACGCCCGUAUUAUUAAUGACCAACGACACAGAUCUUGUUGGAUGCGUUUGUUAUUCUCUCUCUCCUCUCUCUCCCUCUCUCUCUCUCUCCCUCUCUCUCUCCCUCUCUCUCUCCCUCUCUCUCUCUCUCCUCUCUUUCUCUCCUCUCUCUCUCUUUCACUUUCUUUCACUUUCUUCUGUGUGUGUGCUUGUAGUAUAGUAUGUCUGUCUAGGUGUAAGUCUUAUUUUAUUUAAUAUGUAAAUAAUUAAACAUAUAUAUAUAUAUGCAUUAAUGUAUAAUAUAUAUAUAAUGUAAUAUUAUAUAAUAUAAUAUAAUACCAAGUCAAGUUCACGUAUCAACAAUAAACUUUGGAACUUUUAUCUGGAACGUUGUAAUGAUUGAUGAAAUUAUUUUUCAGUAACAUAUCUUUACAAUGUUUUGUAAUGUGUAACGUGUAAAGUAUGACUGAUUUGCAGUUACUGGAAUCUUGAUAGAUUUAAUAAAAAGUUAUUUUAAUAAAAA